AUGUUCAAGCUGUUCAGUGUUGGUCCAGCUGGUGAAGCUGGUUAUCCAAAAAAAACUGUGCUAGAAAGGGUUGGCAAAAAAAUAAAAACACAAAAGGAGCAGUCAAAAUCGGAGUCUGUUAGAUCAGGAACAACCAUCAAACCAGCCAGAGAAAAGCAAGAUUGUUACAUCAACAGUAGUAGUGGAAUACCUGUCAUGUUAUUGAGUGUUUUGAUGCAUAUGUUCCCUGCGACUCUUUCUGCUCCAGUCAGAGAUCGCUGCACCACAGGCAAAAACAAACUACUACUAAUCAGCUUUGAUGGGUUCAGGUGGGACUACGACCGAGAUGUGGACACCCCCAACCUGGACAAAAUGGCUGAGGAAGGUGUUAAGGCAGCAUAUGUCACUCCACCUUUCCUAACCAUCACUAGUCCUACACACUUCACCCUGUUAUCUGGAAGGUACAUUGAGAACCAUGGUGUGAUUCAUAACAAUUGGUUCAAUACAACCACACAAGAGAAGAAACAAUACCACAUGACACAGCUUGUGGAUGAAUAUUGGGAUAAUGGCAGUCUACCCAUUUGGAUCACCGCUCAAAGACAGGGUCUUAAAACAGGAUCCUUACACUUCCCUGGUACUGCGGCCACUUACCAGAACGAAACAAUCCAAGUGAAGGAGGUGGAACCGAGGUUUAAUGACCGCACCAGUGAGACGGCAUGGAGGGAAAAUGUGGAUAAAGUCAUGAAGGAAUGGUUUAAAGAUAAAAACUUAGAUUUUGUCACUUUGUAUUUUGGCGACCCAGAUUCUACUGGCCACAAGUACGGGCCCGAUUCUCCUGAGCGGCGCGAGGCGGUCAAGAAAGUGAACCGAACUGUGGGCUACAUACGGGAAACUGCUGAGAAACACGGACUCAGUGACCAUCUGAACAUUAUCAUAACAGCUGACCAUGGCAUGACCACCGUGUUCAAAGGAGAGGACGUAAAAGAGAUAAUACUCACUGACAUCCCUGGAUUCUCUUUGAAAGAUCUGAAAUUCCACAUGGUGGACUAUAGACCUUCUGGGCUGCUGUUGCCCAAAGAAGGGAUGCUUGACAAGGUUUAUCAAGCCUUGAAAGGAGGUCAUCCAAACCUUCACGUUUACAAGAAAGAGGACAUGCCUGCUCGACUACAUUACUCCAAACAUCCACGCAUCCUUCCCAUCGUUCUCUACGCAGACCCAGGAUAUGUCAUCAAUGGGUUCUACACAUUCCAGACCAAUAAAGGGGAACAUGGCUAUGACAAUGAGGUCAUGGACAUGAAGCCUUUCUUCAGGGCAGUAGGACCAGAUUUCCACAGAAACUUGUUGGUUGGACCAUUUGAGACCGUUAAUGUUUACCCUCUAAUGUGCCACUUACUGGGGAUAAAGCCAGAAAUCAAUGACGGGUCACUGGAUAACACCCGACACAUGCUGAUAUCCAACGGAGAGUCAUGUGAUUCUGGAGGAGAUGUUCCCAAGUCAAGCCUUCAUGAUGUGUUUGUUGGUCUUGCUGCUGUGGCUGGAUUUUUACUGCUUGUGUUUAUGGUUGGUACAUCCUACAACAUGUAUAAAAGACGGAAAGCGAAUAUGAGAGCGAAAGUCAUAGAUGAUGAGGACCAGAUAAAAGCUGACUACAUGCAAACAUCGUUUUAA